GUUCAUUUCCAACGCUAACAACGUUUACCUUGGGUUCGCAUGAGUUCCAGCGAUCUACGGUAUUCUGGUCGGACUUACCUCAUGCGGCAAGUUACGUAUAGGGUCAAACUAGAGCUUGUAGACUGACUCGUGUGGCUGGUGUACUGUAGGAUGCAUGUUUGACCGAGGCUGCUAAGUGGAGGCAUGUGGAUAGGUACUAGUACCUACCGACUUUCGUGGUGACGGGACCGAGCCUGCAGACAGCAAUUGAGAACCGCAGAUAUCAACGGCAACUAGGCACUUUACAACAGCUCAGCUCGCAUCGACCCACCUCCGUUCCAGCACCAAACAGUACUCCGGCCGCCGCACGCCAUGUCUAAGCCCGUUUCUCAACCUCGGAAGAACCUGCGGAAUACGUACAUCGCGCCCAAAGCACCCUACCUUAGGCCCAUCAUCAUCUGUGGCAUCAUCAUGGCUCUUAGCUCGCGGCGCGAAGUCAUCUCGCCCGGCUCGCCUCUUUACGACUACGUGCUGUCGCGACUCUCGGCGAAUGGUCUCAAGUACGCAUCUUGGGUACAGAGUGGGCUGUUCUACUUCCUAUUUGGGGCGCAUGCGGUUGAAACGGCAAUUUUCACAAAAAGGUUGGCUCAGCAUGGGGUUGAGGUCUCGAGCAUUGGCUGGUGGCAGUGGAUGGCGACGUGUUUUGUGGGAGGGAAAUUCUGCUACGUGCAUUUUGAUCGGGAGGUGGGAAAGUUCGACUAGACGCGGAACGAAGACGUGGGGUGAUGUCUAUCAAAAGGUUCGGUCGCCGGCUCUCGUGCUACUUUAUGGGGGCUUGCAUAUGGGACACAGUAUCUGAUACUUGAUUGAUCGAUAUCCAGGUCUUGUGUAUGUGUAU